UCAGAGAAGUGCAUGCACACGAUGGCUGGAAUGGGAUGGCUCAACAUCCUGACUCUAAUGAGUCUUUUAACUGCAAACUCACAUGCUCAGCUGGAUGUAUGUGGGACCACUCCAGUGAGAACGAGGAUUGUUGGAGGUGAAGACACUCAAGAAGGAAGUUGGCCUUGGCAGGCCAGUCUGCAGUUUUUUGGCAGACAUAAUUGUGGUGGUUCUCUCAUAAACAAAGAGUGGGUGAUGUCUGCUGCCCACUGCUUCAUCGGAACAAAUGUUUCUCCAUGGACAGUUUCUCUUGGUCGUCAGAACCUGGAUGGCCUCAACCUAAAUGAAGUGUCCAGAACUGUUGACACAAUCAUUUUGCAUCCGGACUUUGACUCUUCUAUCUUAAACAAUGACAUCGCUCUGCUUAGACUUACCUCACCGGUCACAUUCACAGACUACAUCAGACCUGUGUGUCUGGCAGCCAGUAGCAGUAACUUCAUCAGUGGUACUGAUAGCUGGGUCACUGGUUGGGGAAGAAUCCAGGAGGGAGUGGCCCUCCCCUUCCCUCAAACUCUACAAGAAGUGGAGGUUCCAGUUGUGGGAAACAGACAGUGUAACUGCCAGUAUGGUGUAGGUUCUAUUACAGACAACAUGAUCUGUGCUGGUUUACUUGAAGGAGGAAAAGAUGCUUGUCAGGGCGACUCAGGAGGUCCAAUGAUGAGCGAGCAGAAUUUAAUCUGGAUCCAGUCUGGAAUUGUCAGUUUUGGUGUUGGCUGCGCCAGACCUGAUCUGCCGGGAGUUUAUACCAGAGUGUCCCGCUACCAGUCCUGGAUCAACUCACACAUCAGUUCUGAUCAGCCAGGCUUUGUCCAGUUCAGGUCUGAUGGGCUGGAUACUGACAGCAGCUUCACAUGCCCUGGUCUUCCUCUUCCUGUUACUCCUCCUGACGACUCAUCUAUGACCUCAGGUUCUGGUUUCUCAAGCGGUGAAGGUUCGCCCCCUGAGUAACAUUCCAUUUAUUUAUUACAUUGCAUGUGUAUUUAAUAUAAUUACAGCAGGAGUCUUAACUAAUUUGCACAACAAUAAUGUGUCCUAAGGCCUAUGGUAUAGCAUGGAAUGAUGCAUCCUGAAAGAAGUUGCAUUUCCCCUGCAAGAGAUCUUACAGUGCAGUGUUUUAUUCACCCUUUAGGCUUGGUAACACUGUUAUUCCUUCUUUUAGGUAGUUCUCCAAAAAAACUGGAGCAUGAGCAUAAGGUAUUUUGGUAUAUUUCAUAAAUCUUGACUUUGGAAACGUGUGUAUUCAGCAAAGAGGAACAGUGCUGCUUGAUAGACACUGGAUUGUAUCGUUAUCAUUAAAGAUAGGGCCAGGGAAGAAUGUGGAUAACAUUUAAAUGUGCUUAAUUUUCCAAAAAACAUUCAAACAAUUUAAAAAUAAAUGUAAAGAUAUUACAAAAAGGUACCUAGGGUAUAACAGGGUUCUAAAAAAAGAAAAAUCACAACUUAAAAUUCCAAGCUAAAAUGAAGAUAUUUAUGAAAAAAAUUAUAUAGAAAAUUAUUUUUAUCAUUUGUGAUUAUUUGAUAAUCGACCCUACUUUGGCUAAACAACUACCAAAAAUCCAAGUUUAUAAUGAAAUUGGAGAAACUAUUAUAGAUAAUAUUAGUUAGAGUGUCCGCCCUGAGAUUGGUAGAUCAUGAGUUCAAACCCCGAGUCAUACCAAAGACUAUAAAAAAUGGGACCCAUUACCUCCCUGCUUGGCACUCAGCAUCAAGGGUUGGAAUUGGGGGUUAAAUCAUCCAAAAUUAUUCCCGGGCGUGGCCACCGCUGCUGCUCACUGCUCCCCUCACCUCCCAGGGGGUGAUCAAGGGUGACGGGUCAAAUGCAGAGAAUAAUUUCGCCACACCUAGUGUGUGUGACAAUCAUGGGUACUUUAACUUUAACUUAAUAGUAUUUUUCUUGAUGAAGUGGCCAAAAUUUAAAUAUUACAAAUUGUGCAGCGAUGUCCAAAUGAGACUUUUAAUGAUUAUGUAGACAUGAACAUUUCAUUCAUUAAGAGCUUCAUAGAUCUAGUUAUUGAACCAUUUGUAAUGUAUCAUUCAUGAAAGGAGUAUUCCCGGAUCACAUGAAUAUUGCUAAAUAAUACCACUUUACAAAGGCGGAAAUUACACACCAAUAUCACCGCUUCCACAGUUUUAAAAAAUCUAAGAGAAAUAGUUUGCUGUUGGGUUACUGCAAAAACAAUAUAAAAGUAGGUAUAAUAUUUUAAGCAAUAUUAAAAAUGUGGUUGUGUUCUAAUCACUCAGCUACAACAGCAAUAAUUGAUUUGGCGGAAGCAAUUUCAACAGCAAUAGAUUUAAAAAAUAUAUACAUAUAUUUAUUAAGUGUUUUUGUAGCUCUUCCAAAGGUGUUUGAUACGCUUGAUUAUAAAUUAUUAUAUUACAAAUUGUACAAAUAUGGAAUAAUAGGAGCGGCACAUGAGUGGCUUAGAAGUUACUUGAAGGACAGAAAAAAGUUGUUAACAAUAGUAAAUCCAUAUGACAUAAUAUUAGUUGUGGAAUCUUACAAGGAUAGGUCUUUGGGCCUCUAGUGUUUCUUAUGUAUGUCAUUGAUAUCACUAUGGUUUCCAAACUGUUUCGGUCUAUUUUAUUUGCAGACGACACAAAUGUAUUUUAUUUGGGACAAAAUAUUGAAGAUGUGCCAGAGGUGGUUGAAAACCAGUUAAUCCAAAUUUAAAGAUGAUUUGAUGUAAAUAGGUUGUAGCUGAGAUAGGCUCCAGCGACCCCGAAGGGAAUAAGCGGUAGGAAAUGGAUGGAUGGAGGUUAUCCUUGAAUUCUAGUAAAACUAAGUUUAUGAUUUUUUUUUUUGUAGUAGUAGGAAAAGUGUAAAUGCUUGUUAUAUGUUGAAGGAGUUGAGACUAAAAUAACAAAAAUUAAUUAAGUUUUUGGGUGUUUUGAUUGACAAAAUAAUAUCAUUAAAAUCACAAACUACACAAAGGUUAAAAUAUCUAAAACUAAUUGUAUUUAACACAAGGUGAAGGAAUUUCUAAAUGAAAAAGAGUUGUAUAUUUUGUAUAAUUCACUGAUUGUUCCACAUCUGACAUAAUGUGUUGAGGUGUGGGGUAGUGCCUGUAAAACAUAUUUAAAUCCAAUCUUACUUUUACAGAAAAUAGUUGUAAGAGUCAUUAGUGGAAAUGCAUACAGGGAACCCCCAAUUCCAAUAUUCAAAGAGUUAAACUUACGGAAAUUUCAUGAACUUGUUGAGUACAAUAUCCUAAAAAUCGUGUAUAAAAAGCACAGAAAAAUGUGACCAAACAUCCACAACAGAUUUGAAAACAGAGAAAGUAACUAUAAUCUAAAAGGACCUGAGCUUUAAAAGAAAAAUCCAGUUAAGAACAACGACAAUGGAAAGAAGUAUUCAAUCAAAGGUGUCCGUUUUGUGGAACAAACUUGACAGUGGAACAAAACAAUGUAAAACCUUUCCUGUACUAAAAAAAAUUAAAAUCAUGAUGAAAAUAUAUGUUGGGUAAAACAA